AUGACCCAAAAAGCAAAGUUUCAGCUAAAUCCUGCAGCAAAUGAGCAGUUUGCAGCUAUUAAAAAGGACCUGCAACGAAUAACAAAAUUUAAUGGAUACAAUUUGGAUAACAGUAAUGAAUUAAUUUUCAUUUGUAGACUUUCAAACCUCAAGAAUCAAGUAGAAAAAAGUUUUUCUCUUGAAAAGCUUCACAUAAUCUGA